AUGUCUUUCCAAAACUUUGACUCUUUCCAAAACCAGCACCCGUCAGCCGACGCUGCUGCUGCUGCUCCAGGCGCUCCAGCAACUGCGGAUACCACCAUGACCGGCCAGACUGACCCCACCACUGGCUCUUUCCAGGGCCCUGCCCCCGGCGAGCCCUCGGCCGCUCCUGUGUCUCAGCAAGGCAAUGAGGGAAAGACCACUCUCUGGAUGGGCGAGCUUGAGCCUUGGAUCGAUGAGAACUUCAUCCGCAACCUAUGGUUCCAGAUGGGUGAGCAGGUCAAUGUCAAGAUGAUCCGUGACAAGUUUUCUGGGAGCAAUGCCGGAUAUUGCUUCGUCGACUUCGCUUCCCCUGCCGCUGCUGCCAAGGCCCUCUCUCUGAACGGGACCCCCAUGCCCAACACCAACCGCGUGUUCAAGCUGAACUGGGCCACUGGCGGCGGUCUUGCCGAUAGAAGCCGUGACGACCGUGGUCCCGAGUACUCCAUCUUUGUUGGUGAUCUCGGCCCUGAAGUCAACGAAUACGUCCUUGUUUCUUUGUUCCAGAACCGAUUCCCGUCCUGCAAGUCCGCCAAGAUCAUGACCGACCCCAUCAGCGGCAUGUCUCGUGGCUAUGGUUUCGUUCGCUUCUCCGACGAGAACGACCAGCAGCGUGCUUUGACCGAGAUGCAGGGCGUUUACUGCGGCAACCGCCCCAUGCGCAUCUCCACCGCCACUCCCAAGAACAAGGGUCCUGGUGUUGUUCCGGGAGCCAUGGGCAUGCCUGGUCCCGCUGGCAUGUACCCCCCAAUGGGCGCUCCUCCCAUGGGAUUCUACGGUGCUCCUCAGCCCAUGAACCAGUUCACUGACCCUAACAACACAACCGUCUUCGUCGGUGGACUCUCUGGUUAUGUCACCGAGGAUGAACUCCGCUCUUUCUUCCAGGGAUUCGGCGAGAUCACCUACGUCAAGAUCCCUCCUGGAAAGGGUUGCGGCUUCGUCCAGUUCGUUCAGCGUCAUGCCGCGGAGAUGGCCAUCAACCAGAUGCAGGGAUACCCCAUCGGUAACUCCCGUGUGCGUCUCAGCUGGGGUCGCUCUCAGAACAACUCCGGCCCCGCUGGCAGCCCUUACCGCCCUGCUCCUCCCCCGCCUCCGAUGUACCCCUCUAUGGGCAUGCCCCCAGCGCACCAGUACGGUGGUUUCGCGCCUAUGAAGGUUGGUAGUCUCAAUAAUACUUCUGAAGCCCCUCGAUCAUCUGAUGAAGCUCAGUUUGAUUAA